CUGGCGGCGGCGGGAGCGCGGCUGCCCGGCCCCGCGGGCGCGGAGCGGCGAGCAUGCUGGCGCGGCCCUGAGCGCCUCUCCCCGGGGGGGACGGCCGCGGGGCGGGGGGCGGCCCGUGCCCCGUCGGGCGGGGGCGCGGGAUGACCGGGGUGCUGGAGAGCCUGGUGCCGGACAUGCACGCCAGCCAGAUCUCCGCCGGCAGCUACCACCAGCACGGCGCCCUGCACAAGCCGCAGGAGUCCCCCACGCUGCCCGUCUCCACGGCCACCGACAGCAGCUACUACACCAACCAGCAGCACGGCGCGGCGGGCGGGCCGCCCUACGGCCCGGUGGGCUCCUACCCCUACGCGGGCGGCAGCGCCGCCCCCUACUCCGCCAAGGCCGGCUACGACCUGGGCUACGCGGGCGCCUACGGCUCCUACGGGCCCUACGGCAGCAGGGCCUCUCCGGCCAACAACGAUUCCGCAGAGAAGGAAGACUGCGAGCCGGAGAUCAGGAUCGUGAACGGGAAGCCGAAGAAAGUGCGGAAGCCCCGGACCAUCUACUCCAGUUUCCAGCUGGCCGCUCUGCAGCGGCGCUUCCAGAAAACCCAGUACCUCGCCCUGCCCGAGAGAGCGGAGCUGGCGGCCUCGCUCGGUCUCACCCAGACACAGGUGAAGAUCUGGUUUCAGAAUCGCCGCUCCAAGUUCAAGAAAAUGUGGAAGAGCGGCGAGAUCCCGGCGGAGCCGCCCCCGCGCCGCAGCGCCUCGCCGCCACCCCCCGCCUCGCCCCCCGCCUGGGACUUCGCUCCGCACCCGCGCACGGCGGGCGGUACCGCCAGCCCCAGCCCCGCCGCCGCUUUUCUUGGUAGCUACUCGUGGUACCCGCCGGCGCCCGGCGGCCCCGCGCACCUGCCGGCGGCCGCGCCUCUCCCGCAGCCGGCGCAGCCUCCGCACCACCACGGCGGCGGCGGCAUCUUCUAGGCGCCGCAGAGACUUGAGCCCGCGGCGCACCGAGGCGCGGCACCGGUGUUUUGGCCAACCCUGCCUCCGGCGGAGAGGAACCGCUGCGCGUCCCGUCCUUUCGCGGCGACGGCUCCGGUGCGGCCUCGGUCCCGUCGGGUGCGCCCUCCCGCCGCCGACAUAACUACGCUGCGGAACAGGCACCCGCCUCCCCUCCCUCCGUCCCUCUUCCUCAUCUUUUUCAUCAAUUCACGGGUGCCGAACUUUGGUUAAUUUUAUUUUUUAUUUUUUUAAAAUUGAUAGGUGCCUUUGCGGAUGACCUCACUUUGAUGUUGGGGACUACAAAAAUAAAACGUUAAAAAAAAAAGAUAAAUAAUUUUUAUAUGUAGAUUUAAAACGAGAUCCUCCCGUGCUAAAUUAUCCAUUUUAGCCGUGAUCGCAGCCGUCGGGCGAGGGGGCCAUGUUGCAAGCAGCGGAGCCGGCGCGGCUCUGCCUCCCCCUACGAUGGGGUCCCGGUGCCUCCGGGCGGGUUCCGUGCCCCGACGGGGUCUCCCCGCGGCGAGCCCCGCCGCCCGCGCCCCUCUGCCGGCGGGACAGCCACCGCUCCUGCUCCUGCGCCGUUUGGUGUUCAGAGUCGUGAGAGAAAACAAAACAAAACAAAAAAAAAGGGUAUUUUUGGUUAUUUAUUAUGAAAAACGUAAACACUCUUUAAUGUUUCUUUUACAAUAAGCAGAGAUUAUUUAAAUAAAUUAUU